ACGCUCUCUGACCCCCCAUAAUACCCUUCUUCUGCCCCCUUUUUUUUUUCCUGCUUCUUGCUGGUGAACCGCCAUCAUGCACGGUCUUUUGCUCGCCGGGCUUCUGGCCCUGCCCAUGAAUGUGCUCGCUUAUCCUGCCGAGCAGCACGCCAGCAACGUCCUCAGCCGCCGUGGCGUGGACAUCGAGUCCUUCCGUCUGCCAUUGAAGGCCAAGUACAUGGACAGUGAGGCCACCGCCCAGAAGAUCCAGGCCAUGUCCUUCUCCAAGGACGAUGACUACGUCUCAACCGCCACCAAGCUGGUCAAGAGCACAUUCCCCAAGUCCACAUUCCGUGUCGUUGAUGACCACUACAUUGGCACCAACGGAAUUGGCCAUGUUCACUUCAAGCAGACUGCCCACGGCCUUGACAUUGACAACUCUGACUUCAACGUCAACGUAAGUACCUUGUCCUUAGCUACAUUGUCAUUGAGAAGUUUGAUAUUUAGAGGAUGAUUUAUGGAAUGGCUAUGGCUAACGUGCGUCUAGAUUGGCCGUGACGGCAAGGUCUUCUCCUUCGGAAACUCCUUCUUCACCGGAGAGAUCCCCAAGGAGAACCCAAUGGUCAAGCGUGCAUUCUCUGAUCCAGUCAAGGCUCUGAAGGGUGCCGUCAAGGCCCUCAACCUCCCAGUCAAGUCUGACAACGCUAAGCCCAAGACUAUUGCUGGCAAGGAGUCUUUCGAGUUCAUGGGAACCACCGGUGCCCUCUCUGCUCCCAAGGCCAACCUCGUCUACCUCCAGAAGGAAGACGGAACCCUCGCCUUGACCUGGAAAGUUGAGACUGACGUUGGUGACAACUGGCUCUUGACUUAUGUUGAUGCCCACAACAGCGAGACUGUCCACAACGUUGUUGACUACGUUGCCUCCGCUGAGUACAAGGUCUUUGCCUGGGGUCUCAACGAUCCCACUGAGGGAAACCCAACCUCCAUCCGUGACCCAUGGACUGAUGCCUCUCCCUACACCUGGAACUCUGAUGGCAUGUCCAAGUACCCAACCACCCGUGGUAACAACGCCAUUGCCCAGGACAACCCAACUGGCGGUAGCACCUAUAUCAACAACUACCGCCCACAGAGCCCCAACCUCAUCUUCAGCUACCCAUGGAGCCCAACUGCUACUCCCCCAUCCUCCUACAAGGACUUCUCCAUUACUCAGCUCUUCUACACUACCAACCGAUACCAUGACCUUCUCUACUCCUUUGGCUUCAACGAGGCUGCUGGUAACUUCCAGGUCAACAACGGCAACAAGGGUGGUAAAGGCAACGAUUUCGCCAUUGUCAAUGCUCAGGAUGGCUCUGGUACCAACAAUGCCAACUUUGCCACCCCACCAGAUGGCAGCCCUGGCCGCAUGAGAAUGUACAACUGGACUACUGCUCGUCCCAACCGUGAUGGCUGCCUUGAAGCCGGUAUCGUCAUCCACGAAUACACCCACGGUCUCUCCAACCGUCUUUGUGGUGGUCCCGCCAACAGUGCCUGCUUGAACGCUCUUGAGUCCGGUGGUAUGGGUGAGGGCUGGGGUGACUUCUACGCCACUGCCAUCCGUCUAAAGCCCCGUGACACCAAAAACACCAACUACUCCAUGGGUGCCUGGGCUGCUAACAACCCCAAGGGUAUCCGAGCAUACCUGUACUCCACUAACCUCCAGACCAACCCCUACAUGUACACCUCCGUCAACAGCCUCCGUGAAGUCCACCAGAUCGGUACCGUCUGGGCCUCCAUGCUCUACGACCUCAUGUGGGCUCUUAUUGAGGCCCACGGUGGCACCUACUCCGCCAACCCAGUCUUCCGCAACGGCGUUCCACAGGAUGGUCGCCAUCUUUCCAUGAAGCUCGUCAUGGACGGCAUGGCCCUCCAGCCAUGCAACCCCAACUUCGUCCAGGCCCGUGAUGCCAUCCUCGAUGCCGACCGUGCUCUUACCAACAGUGCCAACAAGUGCACCAUCUGGAAGGCCUUUGCUAAGCGUGGUCUCGGCUACGGUGCCAAAUAUGAUGCCCGCAACCGCACUGGCAGCAACAAGCUCCCACCAGGCUGCUAA